GCAUCCCAAGUACCCGAUCUGCAUUCCUCGUUCUAUCAGAUCUAGGUCCAGGACAUCUCGAGAUAUCUCUUCCGAUAUAAGACAUCUAAGACCUCCGCGCGUCCACGAAGUCUCACAUCUGCGGCAGCCCCCCUCUCUGCAUCAUUCUUUUGGAUUAAACAGUGUAAUUCUAUCCAACGGUUCAAAAAUUUCGUGCUAACCUGUAUAACACCGGAAGAGAAGGUCAAUUCAACCUAGACUAAACUGGGCUUUUAUGGUAUCAGUUCUUGGAGACGACCGGCCACAUACAUCAAUAUGCAUCAAGCUACGCGGAUACAACAGCAAGCAAGGCCGUCGAUGCAUUCUCUGACUCCAUUGUUGAUCCCUGUGGGGGGCGGGCCGAUCAGCAAUGGGACGACGGGACAACGUCUUUUUGCUGUGAAAGGGGGCUGUCCAGCAUAGUCCGAUCGCCGAUUUACUAGCAUGUGUUUAUCCUAAGGUGUAAAACUCCCUGCCGUGCGGGGGGGGGGGUCAUAUUCAAGAAGCAUGUUGGUAGUUUUCUGGUCUUGGUCUUCAUAUAUAGCUCGAAUGCUCGUUCCAUGGCCAUAAUUCCAUCGACAUUUCCUGGAGAAAUAUCGACACCAUUCGCACGCUCUUGCCACAAUAUCUUCAGCCAUAAGUUAUUAAAUACUACUUCAAGAUCUUGGUUUACACUUAUAUUGGCUAGGAACACUUUCUUGCCUUGAAAAUGACAAAUCCCGGUCCCCCCCCGGGUUAUCUGGAUGACGAGAAAAGGGGCCGUAUUACUGUAACUACUACCGAAGUUGAGGAUUUCCCGCCCCCAAAGACCGAGAGCGUUGUAUCCAUGGGUGCAUUUGCAACUGCUACGAGUCCCUCAGAGGGAGGGACCUUGGUCCCUGAUGAGCCGGACAAGCCAAGCAAUGAGUUAUCACCAUGGCGAACCAGUAUUAUUAUUAUCACACUUUCGGGGAUCACUCUUACAACCAGUAUGAGUGUUGGUGCGUUUACUAUUGCCUUGCCAGCUAUGGCUAAAGAUAUGAAUCUUACCGCUCAGUUUUUACUAUGGCCUCAAUCAAUGUACUCCCUUACCAAUGGCUGCUUCCUCUUCCUCGCUGGCUCGAUAGCGGACCACAUUGGCAACCGCAACAUGAACAUUUUCGGCUGUUUCUUUGCAGGAUCAUUCGUCCUAGCUGCCGGCCUCUCACAAACAGGUCUCCAACUGACCGCCUUCCGUGGGCUACAAGGUAUCGGCGCCGCGAUGUGCCUGCCAACUGCCUUUAGUAUAAUAUCAAAGACAAUCCCUAUGGGAAGAAAGAGAAACAUCGCUUUCGCAUGUCUAGGCCUGGGACAACCACUCGGAUGGUUUCUAGGUCUGUUAGUCGGAGGUAUCUGUGAAGGGUCACGGCCUGGAUGGCGACUUGCAAUUUAUAUCACGGCAGCACUGACUAUUCUCCUUGGAUUGGUUAACAUCUGGUCGCUCCCCAACGAUAGGAGGAAAGAGUCGUCAUCAUGGAGCAGCUUCUACCGCAGUGUAGAUUGGGUAGGUCUUACUAUCUCGAGUACGUGCUUCGGCACUCUCUCAUACGUUUUUGCAGCCAUUUCGGGGGAUCUCGAAGCGAUAGAACAUCCGGCCAAUAUAGUUCUUCUUUGCCUCGCUGCACUUCUCAUACCCAUGUUUGCCUUCUGGAUGAAUUUACAGGAGAAGCAUGGACGCCCAGCACUGGUCCCGAAUUCAAUGUGGCGUAAUAAAGCUUUCACAUGCAUGUGUCUUAUGGUAGUUCUUAUAUGGGCCACCCUUCAAUGUAUGAGGCUGUUCCUCAGUCUCUUUUUACAAAAUAUCCAACAUUUUAGUGCUCUGAAAGCUGCAGUUCUCCUCCUCCCAAAUGUCAUUGCUGGUAUCGCCCUCAAUCUGCUCACGGGGUUCCUCGCCUGCCGUGUCAGCAGCUACUAUCUCGUCUUUGCUGCGAACGUUUUUGGAAUUCUCUCCCCAUUGCUUCUGUGUGUUAUCAACCCCGCCUGGAACUACUGGCUAUGUAGUUUCUGGGCUGUGCUACUGAGCCCGGUAUCUGCAGGAGUUGUCUUCACAAUCGCCAACCUUGUCAUCACUGAUGCUUUCCCAAAAGAGACACAGGCUCUCGCAGGCGCUAUGUCCAACACUGCCCAGCAGCUCGGAGGUGCCUUCGGGCUGGCACUUGCCGGAGUCGUGGCCGCGCGCGGGUCCCAGGGAGGACAAAAAGGGAGUCAAGAUGCAAUGUGGUUAGGAUAUCGGGCCGUGUUCUACAUGUGUUUCGGCGCCAUGGUGGUGGCGUGCUUACUUGGUGCUGUGGCAUUACGAGGGGCGGGGGUAGUGGGGACAAGCAAUGAGGAGAAGAGGCCUACUACAGCAAAGCAGGACGGAGAUGUAUAG